GACAGUUCGGUUAAAUUCGCUGCCGCUCGUGCGUUUCCGUUCGAGACUUGGCGAGUGAACAUGGCGCGGUUCGUAGGAAAGUCUGCGACCUCGCUGUUGUUAUUCAGCCGAAGAUUACUCAGACCGGAGCUGAACGCCCUCUGUUCAUAUCACAAAAAGGUGGUCGACCACUACGAAAACCCAAGAAAUGUUGGUUCUCUGGACAAAAACUCCAAGAACGUGGGGACGGGCUUGGUGGGUGCACCAGCCUGUGGCGAUGUGAUGAAACUUCAGAUUGAGGUGGAUGAACAUGGCAAGAUCGUGGAUGCUAAGUUUAAGACAUUUGGCUGUGGCUCGGCCAUUGCCUCCAGUUCUCUAGCAACAGAAUGGGUCAAGGGGAAGUCGGUUGAUGAAGCGCUGAAGAUCAAAAACACAGAUAUUGCCAAAGAAUUAUGCCUUCCGCCAGUCAAGCUUCAUUGCUCAAUGCUUGCAGAGGAUGCCAUCAAAGCAGCGCUGUCAGACUACCGAGUUAAACAACAGGACAAGAAGGAGGAACACGCCAAAGCCAGCGGCUAACAUGCAGGUCUCCUCAUGGGAUGUGUCACGGAUAUCUCAGCAUCAGCAAACAUCAGAUAGCAUAGCAGUGCUCUGUGGACAAUGAGUAACACUACAUCAGGUCUUGCAGCCUUCUGGGAGAUUCACACGCUUUUUAAAAAGCUCCAAGAUUCCGUUAUUGUUGAAGUGCCAGAUGAUAAUGUUCAUAUUUCCAAAUGAGAUGCUUAUUAAUUCAUACAGAUCUUGGGGUUGAAACCCAAGGCAAAUGUGUGAAGAGAUUGAUGUUCCUUAAUUUUUAAACAAGAAUACCAAACAGAGUUGCUACUUUUCAGUGCUUUUCUUUUACACUGAACAUGAGAUGCAUCAUAAACUUACAAAUGUUUUUGUUUGGCAUGUUUAAGCUUCAUUUUGGCUUGUUUGUAUAAAAUCACCAGCCCCAUGUGGAGCAUUCUGUAUGAAAAUGCAGUUAUUAAGGAACCUCUGGGUACAAAGAGAAAAACACAAUCAUUUACGUGAAUUAAAUAAGCAAAAGCCUU